AUGGAUAAUAUUAAACAAGAAGAAAAACCAACUCGACAUCCAUGGCGUUGGACAUUUCAACGUAGUCAUGAUCGUGAACAAAUGCGUCAUCAAACACCAGUAACAAAACUCCAUUCAUCAAAUAAAGAACAUGUUUGUCAUUCAAAAUAUGAAUUUCCUGUUCAUCAAUUAUGUUCAAUGAAAAAUUGGAUGGAAAAAUUUUUUCGACCAUAA